GUUACGACGUCAUAUCCAGUGGCCUGCUGCGUCGUCUUGUUUCCGGAGGCUGAGCGGAGAAGAGGCUGAAGGGUUUAUUUGGAAUUUACAGCAAGAAGGCGGAUAUUUUUUUUUGUCUCGGUGAGGCCGUCGACAAAGGGGUGUUGCGGGAAGGAGGGGGCUUUUGGCAGGUACUUCGUCGCCUUUCUGCGGUUCCCAGUGCAUGGCCUUGGAGCCAGUGGUGGCACUGAGAAUGGGUCCAGAGAGGAUUUGUCCAAAUGAACACGAAGAGCUGGGCCUCCAAGAGGCACCAGAUGGAACCCCUGAUCCUGCUGGGGAGUGGAGUAGUGAAGAACCAGAAGAGGAGGAGGAAGAAAGCAAUAACGGCUACCUGUACCAACCUCUUAACCAAGACCCGGAUCAGGGACCAGUGAUACUUGAAGAAACUGUGCCUAGUACAGAGCCAACUCUCGAUAUCAACGAGCGACUUCAGGCAAUGAGAUUGCACUUGCCUGACCCACCUGUGGACAGUGACGAGGAAGAGGGAUCUUUAGCUCAGAGCAGUCACACCUCUAUCCCUAUGGACCCAGAACAUGUGGAGCUGGUGAAAAGGACGAUGGCUGGAGUCAAGCUGCCCACACUGGGGAUCCCUGCGUGGGCUAAUGAGAUCUCGGACGAUCAGUGGCAGGAUAUGGUGCAGCGGACGCUACAAGCCAGACAGAGUCAGAGUGGCUCUAAGCCAGAAUGGAAAUGAAGACUGAACCGUGAAUUUCUCCCUGCUUGCAUAGGAAGCAGCUAAGCACAAAGUGCUGCACUUUAAACAGUCUUCUCUGAAGUGGUCAGGUAGAUGUUUAUCUUCCACCAGCAUUGAUAUUCUGUGUUCAUCUUCACAUGCUUUAAAUUACUGCCUACUCUGUCAGCUGUUUGUAAUGCCCAGCGACUGAGCAGUAAUAAUGAUGGCAGAAGUUUCCUAAUUCUGGGGAGCAAAAGGGGCCUGUCAAAGAAAUAAACAACCCCUGUGAAAUGAUCUUGGGAGAUGCAUGUUUUAGCCCUGUUGUUCUCUUCUUCCCCACCCCCACCCCACCCCUAACCCUUUUUCCAUGUGAUACAUGGGCUGACGAGCUAGGAAUGGCCAUGAGGUGAAGUCCAGUGUGUCAUCUUUUCAAGAGAUCCAUUUUAUUUAGUUCUGUACAUACAGGGACAUCUGUACAAAAUCCAACACUGUCAUACUAUGUAAUACUCUACUGAAAAUAAAGUACACCAUAUGUACAUAA